AUGGAACCGAUAGCUCAACAGCCGUCAUCGCUUCUGGAGAUGACUUUCUCUGUGGUGAUCAACAUAUGCGCCAAAUGUGACGCCAAACGGCGACUCUAUGAAUGGCAAAAGUUUUGGCAAAUGAUAAGUGAAUUGCCGGCAACAUUGAAGGCCCGACUCAUCCAAUCGUUAGGCCGUUUGCAUCUAUUGAGCGACGAAAAUAUGGGUUACCUUAUCAACAAUGAAUUACACGAACUUAGUCUAAAUGAUUGUCUCAAAAGUGAUUUCACUGUCAAUUUAAUCCGACGCCACUGUCGCAAUCGGCUCCGGUAUCUGGAUUUAGGUGCCCGUAUACCCAACUAUAACAUGAUAUCGGCGCAGGCAUUGGAGCCACUGUUCACUGUUUGCUAUAAUCUAGAAGAGCUCAGACUAAACAAUUGUAUAGAAGUUAACGACAUAGUUGUAGACAGUAUUGUACAUAAUUGUCCACAACUUCAUGUAUUACAGCUGUCCGGCUGUCUGUGUAUUACCGAUCGGGCGGUCAAAUCAAUUGCCGACAGUUGCCGUUCGCUGGUCAGUCUAGAUCUGAGCCGAACGCCCAUCUCUGAUGACGGUCUCUGCUAUUUUGCAUCGGGCGGUGUCUGCGCCAAACAGAUACGGGAACUGCUGGUCAAAGAAUGUUCGUACGUGACUACCACUAGUGUUCACCAAUUGCUACGGUCGUGUCCAUCGAUGACCAUUUUCCGAUUUGACGGAACCCGGGCCACAAUGGAAUCAUUUUAUCAGAUCAUUACCCGACCUAAUCAUAUCAUGUUUAAUAUACCAUUUAAUUGA